CAACUAAUCAAUUUAUCAGAUCAUCUCCGGCCCCCGUACGAAGGUGAAUUGCUUUUGACCUUCAACCACCUAGGAGUACCUCUUCUGUAUCAUUUAAGCCUAUCCCUUCCCUGACUCUCCUUCGAGAGGAUCCUUCUCCUCACCCCGUACCAGAAAGGCCGCUUCCCCCUCACCCUAUCGUACUUCACCCCCCUCACACGACCAUGGCAACUGUCAAGGAGAUCGCCGACGAGGCCGCUUUCGCCUCCACCAUAUCCUCCCUCCCCUCCUCCACACUCGCCGUCCUCUACUUCCAUGCCCCAUGGGCAGCGCCAUGCAAGCAGAUGUCGACUGUCCUCGCCGCCCUCGCAAGUACAUACUCAGCAGAUGCGCCUGUCGUCUUUCUGUCGCUCAAUGCUGAAGAGCUUCCGGAAGUCUCCGAGCAGUACGACGUGACGGCGGUCCCAUUCAUAGUCCUCCAAAAAGAUGGCAGGGGCCUAGAAACGGUGUCCGGCUCUGAUGCUGCAAAGGUACGCGCGGCGGUGGAGAAAUAUGCAGGGCCUGGAAGCGGUAAUGCGUCAAAGGCCGCUCUACCUCCCGCGCAAGCAGUUACGAGGCCACCACAGCCGGCAGCUGCGAACGGCACGAAUGGAGCUCUAGAUGGAGUCAGGAAUCUUGCCGCUUAUACGCCGACCGCCGAAGGCCCGAAGACGGCGCCAGAAUAUAGCUCAGGAGAAACAAAGGAAGCCCUUUUCAAGAGGAUAGGAGAGCUCGUGAAGGCGGCACCAGUCAUGCUGUUCAUGAAGGGCACACCAAGUGCACCACAGUGUGGGUUCAGCAGGCAGACAGUCGGCAUACUGCGAGAGAAGGGCAUUCGUUAUGGUUUCUUCAACAUUCUAGCCGACGAUGAUGUGCGACAAGGGCUGAAAGAGUUUGCGGACUGGCCGACGUUCCCGCAGCUAUGGGUCGGCGGUGAGCUGGUUGGUGGUUUGGAUAUCGUCAGGGAAGAGUUCGAGAACGACGAAGACUUCCUAAAAGAGUACUCGGUGAGCGGUCAAAGGAACACGGGGGGUCCAGCUGCCCCAUCUACUCAGGCCCAACCGACGUAAAUAAUAGGGGCUUCGAGACUAUAGCAAACCGUCAUGAUUUAUUCAUGUAUCAGUCUUUAGAAUAUCAUUCGGCGAGAAUUGCGUUGUACGGCUUGCUACAUACCAAUGAGUCACGACUGAGCAUAUUCAAUUGACGUUUCUUACUCAUGCGUUUGACCCGUGUUUUCCCGGUACCACUCCUAUCAGCCAUGGUUCACAAAGCUUUGGCAUCCACGUCAUUCCUGUGUUUCAUCUUUC